GAACCUCGAUGUUUCCGUCAUAGCCAUCUUGGAAAAGUCGAUUCUUCUCAUAUUUUGCGUUCUCUGCGCGCCAUACAAGUCGCGCAGCGCGUUGCAUAGUGACGAAUCCUGUCCCUUAUGUCAACAAACAUUCGUGCAGCCUUCUAGACCACGAUCUCGCCGCUCACCAAGCAAGUGGAGCUUUUCUGCAUCCGGACCAGCCGACCAUAGGAGCUUACAAACAGCCAAUUGCAAAUCCAUUCUAGCUGUCCUUGCGUCAUUCUAUAAGUUGAGUACCCCUCCUUCCUCGAGCUUCCUAUCGCGGUCCCACUUCCCUAUCGCCAAAGCAACACUGGCUUCUGCGCGCCUUUCGAACCUGUCAUCCCACUUCUCCACAUCCGCAGUCAGAAUGGCUCCCAUCGAGAACACCGAGGAGGCAGACUACCUUGUCAUUGGUAUCGGUAGCGGAGGUAUUGCCUCUGCACGACGAGCUGCGAAGCACGGCGCAAAGGUUAUCGCCGUCGAGUCGAAGCGCUAUGGUGGUACCUGCGUAAAUGUUGGCUGUGUACCCAAGAAGGUCACAUGGAACGCUGCUGCGAUUGCGGAGACAUUCAAAGACGCAAAGGCAUACGGUUUCCAGGUUAAGGAGCAGCCCGAGUUUGACUGGCCACACUUCAAGAACAAGCGCGACGCCUAUGUCAAGCGCCUGAACGGUAUCUACGAGAGAAAUCUCGACAAGGACGAGAUCAAGCACAUCAAGGGACGAGCGAAGUUCGUUGCCAAGAACGAGGUUGAGAUUGCGCUCGACAACGGAGGCACUCAGCGUGUCAAGGCGAAGCACAUUCUCAUCGCUACCGGUGGCCGACCAAAGAAGCCUGAUAUCCCUGGCAAGGAACUCACCAUUGACAGCGAUGGCUUCUUCGACCUUGAGACGCAACCGAAGAGCAUCGCUACUAGCGGCGCUGGAUACAUUGGCGUCGAGAUGACCGGUAUGCUACACGCAUUGGGCACCAAGACACAUUUCUUCAUUCGUGGUGACAAGCUUCUGCGAACUUUCGACCCCAUGAUCCAGGAUGCCGUCACGAAGGAGUACGAGCGCCAGGGCAUCAACCUGUACAAGGGCUCGUCAAUUACCAAGGUCGAGGAUAUUGGUAACGGCAUGAAGCGCGUGACCUACCAGGAGAACGAGUCAAAGAAGGAGAGCACUGUCGAGGUCGAAGCUGUCCUUUUCGCGACCGGUCGCGUUCCCGAAAUCGAAGACCUACACAUCAAGGACUUUGGCAUCAAGCUCAACGAGAAGAACCAUAUCGUAACCGAUGACUUCCAGAACACUUCCAUCGAUAACAUCUACGCCAUCGGCGAUGUCUGUGAUCGUGGCUACGAGCUGACACCCGUUGCUAUUGCGGCUGGUCGCCGUCUGUCAGAUCGCCUGUUUGGCGGCAAGAAGGACGCACACCUUGUCUAUGAGAACGUCCCUAGCGUUGUCUUCGCUCAUCCUGAGAUCGGUUCCAUCGGUUUGACGGAACCAGAAGCGCGUGAAAAAUUCGGCGACAAGGUCAAGGUUUACAAGGCAGAGUUCACGGCUAUGUACUUUGCCAUGAUGGAGCCCGAGGAGAAGCAGCCCACAGCAUACAAGAUCGUCUGCGUCGGUCCAGAGGAGAAGGUCGUCGGUCUGCACAUCCUGGGUCAAGGCAGUAGUGAGAUUCUGCAGGGCUUCGGUGUGGCGAUUAAGAUGGGUGCCACAAAGCAAGAUUUCGACAACUGUGUGGCUAUUCACCCCGUCUCUGCUGAGGAAUUGGUCACCAUGACCUAAACCCAUCAGGAA